UGUUGUAAACAUUAGCCUACCUCAGAAAUAUAUAUUUGAUUGUUAAAAGGCAUUUGGUGAUUAGGACUUAAUGUCCUUAAUGUCCAAAUAUGACGAUGCAUUCAUUUAAAGGUCACCCUCUGGCUGCUCACAUCAAACACAAUGGGAUUUUGAUCAAAUGACGUAAAACAAAAUAAUUAAUCGUAUCCAUAUUAAGAUCAUAGAGGCUGAGGCAUAUGUUUGCGCAGUAAUUGGGAUCAUCCAGGAGUUUAAACGGGAUUUGGAUCGCUGGCAUUAUCGCUCUUAGCCAUAUCAGGGGUUUUACACGGGAUUUGUGAAUGUAGGAAAACUGGACAGAUGUUUGGGUUUCUGUCCGUUGGUUGCCUAUGGAGAUGAUGAUGAUGAUGAUGAUGGUGGUGGUGCUGAAUCUAUCCAAAUUAGGGAGAUGCUGCUUGAGCGAAGGACUGCAGUUUAUUGUUUUAAGUUUAAUAGAAUAAUGACUCUUGUUUUGAGGAUUUCACUAGACGUUUGCAUUUCCACCAAGCAGAUUAAUUAUAUUGAUAAUGAUUGUCAUUGAAAAAAGAGGAGCAAACACGACCCCCUCCUUCCCUCACAUCUCCACACCCACCCACCGCCGCACACUGGCAGUACACGAGAAGGGGUGAAAAACACAAUCCCAAGACACCAUUAUGAGCCAAUUUGCGGUGUUAAUGUGAACCUUUAUGCCUCCGAAACUCGUUUAGGUUGGAGACAUUUUUGGUCAGUGAAAAAAGGCACGCCCAGAGACGUUUUCUCUGUCGCCUAGACACCGUUUAACCCUUUGGGUGGGUUUCUCGUUACGUGGAAUUACAUCAAUCUCGGUUCCUCAGUCGGUGUCGUCAAGGUCGGAAAUGUAGAUGUGUUGUGGCCCCAGGCGGUGUUUUUGACAUAAAGCUCUAGAAAUGGCCGUGUAAAUGGUACGUAACAGUCAUGUUCGGAGUUCGUUGUGUUUUGGGUGGACCUCGAGCCUGCGGAUUGGAAAUAAACGGAGACUUCAACAUGGCGACAGCUGCUUCGCCCCUGCGCUCGAGAUGAAUCCUCAGCUAUAAAGCUCCCAGAGUGACCGGAGAUUAGUUGGUGCAGCUACCAGAGCAGGAUGUCAAUAUGGCUGCUCAGCUGCUCGUUCCACCCGGACCUGACAGCUUCCGGCCCUUCGUGCCCGAGUCUCUCGCUGCUAUCGAGCGCCGCAUCGCAGAGGAGGCGGCCCAACGGCCCAAAGGCGAGAGACGGCCUGAUGAUGAUGACGAAAACGGGCCCAAACCCAACAGCGAUUUGGAGGCGGGAAAAUCCCUGCCCUUUAUCUACGGAGACAUUCCACCCAACAUGGUGUCCGUCCCGCUGGAGGAUCUGGACACCUACUACAGCAACCAAAAAACCUUUAUAGUAUUGAAUCGUGGGAAGGCUAUAUUCCGCUUUAAUGCUACGCCGGCCUUGUAUAUUUUGAGCCCUUUCAAUCCAUUGAGGAGAAUCUCCAUCAGGGUCCUGGUGCAUUCGCUGUUCAGUUUUGUGAUCAUGUGCACAAUCUUGACCAACUGCGCCUUCAUGACCCUCAGCAAUCCCCCGGACUGGGCCAAGAACGUGGAGUACACGUUCACAGGGAUCUACACCUUCGAGUCCCUGAUUAAGAUCCUGGCACGGGGCUUCUGCGUGGGGAAGUUCACUUUCCUGCGAGACCCCUGGAACUGGCUGGAUUUCAGUGUCAUUCUGAUGGCAUAUGUAACAGAAUUUGUGGAUCUGGGCAAUGUCUCAGCACUGAGAACCUUCAGGGUUUUACGAGCACUCAAAACUAUAUCAGUGAUUCCAGGGCUGAAGACCAUCGUUGGAGCUCUGAUCCAGUCCGUGAAGAAGCUGUCAGACGUGAUGAUCCUGACAGUGUUCUGUCUGAGUGUGUUUGCUUUGAUCGGACUGCAGCUCUUCAUGGGAAACCUGCGGCAGAAGUGUGUGAAGAUUCCGGAAGUCAAUGUCACUGAAAACCGCACUACCAUGCUGAACUAUAGUAUCGGCUCAGAGCUGCAGAACUCCACCUUUAACUGGACAGAGUACAUUAGUGAUGAGAAAAAUUAUUAUUACCUCCCAGGCCGCAGAGAUGCUUUGCUAUGUGGAAAUUCAAGCGAUGCAGGGCAGUGCCCAGAGGGCUUCUCAUGUAUAAAAGCAGGGCGUAAUCCUGACUACGGCUACACAAGCUUUGACACGUUCAGCUGGGCCUUCCUCUCACUCUUCCGACUCAUGACACAAGACUUCUGGGAAAACCUCUACCAGCAGACCCUGCGUGCAGCUGGAAAGCCCUAUAUGAUCUUCUUUGUUCUUGUGAUCUUUCUGGGCUCCUUUUAUCUGGUGAAUCUCAUCCUGGCUGUGGUGGCCAUGGCAUAUGAUGAGCAGAACCAGGCCACCAUAGAAGAGGCCCAACAGAAAGAAGAAGAGUUUCAAGCCAUGCUGGAACAGCUAAAAAGACAACAAGAAGAGGCACAGCUUGAACUGAGUCUACCCCUGGUUGCCCCUAACAACGGUGCUUGUGCUGUGAUUGGCUGGCAGGUUGCCGCGGCAGCAGCAACAGAGAGUGGGGAGUACAGCGGGAGGGGGGGCUUGUCAGAGGAAAGCUCCUCCGGGGGGUCCAGACUCAGCUCCAAGAGCGCUAAAGAGAGAAGGAACAGGAGGAAGAAAAGAAAACAAAGGGAAGAAGAAGAGAAAGCCGAUCAGGAGAAGUUCCAUAAGUCCGCCUCGGAGGACAGUAUCAGACGGUCUGGAUUUCGAUUAUCCAUAGAUGCCAACCGACUCUCAUAUGAGAAGAAAUGUUCCACUCCAAAUCAGUCUCUUCUCAGCAUUCGUGGAUCUCUCUUCUCCCCGAGGAGGAACAGUCGUGCGAGUCUUUUCAGUUUUCGUGGUAGAGCACGAGAUUUUGGCUCAGAGAAUGAUUUUGCAGACGAUGAGCACAGCACUUUUGAGGAUAGCGACAGUCGCCGCGGAUCGCUCUUCGUACCUCGUUGUAUUGAGAGACGAAGUUCCACUGUCAGCCACUGCAGCCUUGCCCCCAGGAUUAUGCUCCCAGCAAAUGGGAAAAUGCAUUGCACAGUUGAUUGCAAUGGAGUGGUGUCACUGGUGGGUGGGACAUCUGUGCCAACAUCACCAAUCGGACGUUUGUUACCAGAGGGCACGACCACUGAGUCUGAUGUACGUAAGAAACGUUCAGGAUCACACCAGCCAUCUGAUUAUCUGGACGAAACAGUAGCCAGAAAAAGAGCUCUGAGUGUGGCCAGCAUUCUGACAAAUACUAUGGAAGAACUCGAGGAAUCACGGCAGAAGUGCCCUCCUUGUUGGUACAAAUUUGCCAAUAGCUUCCUGAUCUGGGACUGCUGUCCAGCCUGGCUGAAGGUGAAGGAGAUUGUGAACAUGAUCGUGAUGGAUCCGUUUGUUGACCUGGCCAUAACCAUCUGCAUUGUUCUCAACACCCUCUUCAUGGCUAUGGAACACUACCCCAUGACACCAGGAUUCAACCAUGUGCUGUCAGUUGGGAACCUGGUAUUCACAGGAAUCUUCACAGCAGAGAUGUGUCUGAAAGUAAUUGCUCUGUACCCAUAUUACUACUUCCAAGAAGGCUGGAAUAUCUUUGACGGCAUCAUUGUAAGCCUGAGUCUCAUGGAACUGGGCCUGGCCAAUGUUGAGGGACUUUCAGUGUUGCGCUCCUUUAGAUUGUUAAGAGUCUUUAAGCUGGCAAAGUCUUGGCCCACCCUGAACAUGCUGAUAAAGAUUAUUGGUAACUCAGUUGGUGCUUUGGGAAAUCUAACCCUCGUCCUGGCCAUCAUUGUCUUCAUAUUCGCUGUGGUUGGAAUGCAGCUGUUCGGAAAGAGUUACCGAGAGUGCGUCUGCAAGAUUUCGGAGGACUGCGAGUUGCCGCGGUGGCACAUGGACGAUUUCUUCCACUCCUUCCUGAUUGUAUUCCGAGUGCUUUGUGGCGAAUGGAUCGAAACCAUGUGGGACUGCAUGGAAGUGGCGGGACAGUCAAUGUGUCUCAUCGUCUUCAUGAUGGUCAUGGUCAUUGGAAAUCUGGUGGUGUUGAACCUUUUCCUGGCCUUGCUGUUGAGCUCUUUCAGUGCCGAUAAUCUCGCCGCCACAGAUGACGACAGCGAAAUGAACAACCUGCAGAUCGCUGUGGGCCGAAUACAUAAAGGUAUUGCACUGGUCAAGUCAACUUUGCGCCAGUUCCUCCAAAGCCUCUGCCUGGCCGGCUCCAAACCACGCGCACUAGAUGAAGAGAAACCCCUUGACGACCUACACAGCGACGGCAAGGAGAACUGCUUGUCCAAUCACGCUCCGGUGGCCGUCGACCUCACUAAAGACUAUCUGAAGGAGGGUUGCGUUUCCCCUGGUAACGGGGUGGAAGGUCACGUAAAGUAUGGAAUUGAGGAAGGCGACUACAUGUCGUUCAUACACAAUCCCAGCCUCACUGUUACAGUACCGAUUGCGGUGGGAGAGUCGGACUUUGAAAAUCUGAACACGGAAGAUUUCAGUAGCGACUCGUCUGACGUCGAGGGCAGUAAAGAGAAGCUGCCUGUUGAUGCGGUUCUCAGUUCCUCAGAGGGGAGCACAGUCGAUAUACGACCCCCAGGAGAGGGGGCGGAGUCCGUCGAGCUGGAGCCGGAAGAGUCCCUGGACCCAGAGGCCUGCUUUACAGAAGGCUGUGUGAUGAGGUUUCAGUGCUGUCAGGUCGAUGUGGAGAAGGGAAAAUGGAAGAGUUGGUGGAAUCUCAGGAAAACCUGUUUCAUCAUUGUAGAGCACAACUGGUUUGAGUCCUUUAUCAUCUUCAUGAUUUUACUCAGCAGCGGAGCAUUGGCUUUUGAGGACAUUUACAUCGAGCAGCGUAAGACGAUAAAGACGGUGUUGGAAUAUGCAGAUAAAGUCUUCACAUACGUCUUUAUUUUGGAGAUGCUUCUGAAGUGGGUUGCUUACGGCUUCGCCAAAUACUUCACCAAUGCUUGGUGCUGGCUUGACUUCCUGAUUGUUGAUGUGUCGUUGGUGAGUUUGGUGGCAAAUGCUCUUGGUUACUCUGAACUAAGUGCCAUUAAGUCCCUGAGAACUCUGCGUGCUCUUAGACCUUUGAGAGCAUUGUCACGCUUCGAGGGAAUGAGGGUUGUAGUGAAUGCCCUGCUGGGAGCCAUACCUUCCAUCAUGAAUGUGCUGCUGGUGUGUCUGAUCUUCUGGCUGAUCUUCAGCAUCAUGGGGGUGAACCUCUUCGCUGGGAAAUACUACCAUUGCAUUAAUAUCACCAACGAAGAAAUUAUUCCCAUCAGUGUGGUCAAUAACAAGUCCGAUUGCCAAGCCCUGAUUAAUAACAAUGAUACGGCACGCUGGAAAAACGUGAAAAUUAAUUUCGAUAACGUGGGAGCCGGAUACCUGGCACUACUGCAAGUGGCCACGUUUAAAGGAUGGAUGGACAUCAUGUACGCAGCUGUGGAUUCUCGUGAUGUGGAGCUGCAGCCCAACUACGAAUCUAACCUUUACAUGUACCUGUACUUCGUCAUCUUCAUUAUCUUCGGCUCCUUCUUUACCCUCAACCUCUUCAUUGGUGUCAUCAUCGAUAACUUCAAUCAGCAGAAGAAAAAGCUUGGAGGUCAGGAUAUAUUCAUGACAGAAGAACAGAAGAAAUAUUACAAUGCCAUGAAGAAACUGGGAUCUAAGAAGCCUCAAAAGCCAAUUCCCAGGCCUACGAACAAGUUUCAAGGCAUUGUCUUUGACUUAAUCACCAAACAAGCCUUCGAUAUUGUCAUUAUGAUCCUGAUCUGCUUGAACAUGGUGACCAUGAUGGUGGAAACUGAUGACCAGACAAGUGAGAUGGACAAUAUUUUGUACUGGAUAAACCUGGUUUUCAUCGUCCUCUUCACUGGAGAAUGUGUGCUCAAGAUGAUCUCCCUCCGGCACUACUACUUCACCAUUGGCUGGAAUGUGUUUGACUUCGUAGUUGUGAUUCUGUCUAUUGUUGGCAUGUUCCUCUCUGAGAUGAUUGAGAAAUAUUUUGUAUCGCCAACCUUAUUUCGAGUCAUCCGACUUGCCAGAAUCGGUCGCAUUCUUCGUCUCAUCAAAGGCGCCAAAGGCAUUCGUACCCUCCUGUUUGCCUUGAUGAUGUCACUUCCUGCCUUGUUCAAUAUUGGCCUCCUUCUCUUCCUAGUCAUGUUUAUCUAUGCCAUCUUUGGAAUGUCCAACUUUGCCUAUGUGAAGAAAGAGGCGGGGAUCGAUGACAUGUUUAACUUUGAGACAUUCGGGAACUCGAUGCUUUGCCUGUUCCAGAUCACCACUUCUGCAGGAUGGGACGGCCUCUUGGCGCCCAUCCUGAACAAGCAAGAUCCAGACUGCGACAGCGAAACAGAGCACCCGGGCAGCUUGUACCGCGGCAACUGCGGAAACCCCUCGGUCGGCAUCUUCUUCUUCGUGAGCUACAUCAUCAUCUGCUUCCUGAUUGUGGUGAACAUGUACAUCGCUGUGAUCUUGGAGAACUUCAGCGUAGCCACCGAGGAGAGUGCCGAACCGCUCAGCGAGGAUGACUUCGAAAUGUUCUACGAAGUCUGGGAGCGAUUCGACCCCAAUGCUACGCAGUUCGUGGAGUACAACAAGCUUUCUGACUUUGCGGAUGCUCUGGAUCCUCCGUUACGCAUCGCCAAGCCAAACAAGAUCCAGCUCAUUGCCAUGGACCUGCCCAUGGUCAGUGGGGAUCGCAUCCACUGCCUGGACAUCCUGUUUGCCUUUACCCUGAGGGUACUGGGAGAGGAGGGUGAGAUGGAUGCCCUGAGGGGACAAAUGGAGGAUCGUUUCAUGGCCUCCAAUCCCUCCAAAGUCUCCUACGAGCCUAUCACGACAACCCUCCGGAGGAAACAGGAGGAGAUGUCGGCCUCCGUCAUUCAAAGGGCCUUCCGACGGUACCGCAUAAGGCAAACGGUAAAGAAGGCCUCUAAAGCGUAUCGGCAACAGCUGCAGGACGGGGUCGUGCAUAUCCCGGAGAAAGAGGUGCUCGUCAUCGGAAAGUUUCAAGAGAACUCUGCGUCGGACAAAACGGAUAUGACUCCCUCUUCUGCCUCUCCGCCAUCUUAUAACAGUGUGGCCAAGUCAGAGAAAGACAAAUAUGAAAAAGAGAGGAGAGAGAAGGAGGACAAAGCAAAAGAUGCGAGGGACAGAAAAAAAUGAACGAGGGAUCGAAACAGAGACUGUUCUUUUCAACUGAGACACUGUUUACAGAGCGGAACGCAAGCACCGAGGGGCAAUUCACCUCAAGCGGUUUUGGAACUAAUGCCAAACUGAGCGCGUGUGUGUGGGGCGGAGCGUGUGUAUGUGCGUGUGUCUAGACUAUUGUGCGCGCGCCCACCGAGCUAGCCUUAGGGUGCAUUUAUGGUGUUGACGGAAAGCGUUAAUUCAAGGACAGUGCCACGACGAACACACGCACGCACACACGCUCGAGUAUGACUGUUGAAUCCCUAAAGACAUUGGUGUGAAACAAAAUGGCAAGUAUAGAGUGGUGUGUGAGUUUGUCUUUUAGUUUUGAGUGUUGUCACACAAUCCUGAGGACUAAAAGAAACUGUUAUAGUCAUCAGUAGCUAGUGCUAACACUACCGCUGGUGUCUUUCUUAUUGAAUGGCGUAUUAUAUACCUGCACAUUUUUGUUAGCUCAUUUUUUUAAUCAUGUUGAACUUUUCUACU